AUGACUAUCCUAGAGCAGCUUAAUGACACAAACACUCCCCAGAGGUUAGACAAUCAUAUAUUUUUCGGUUCCAUCCAUUCCCUAACGCAUACGGAUUUUCUACUCGAAAACAACAUUAAGUUUUUCAUAAACGUUGAUAUAUCGACCGAAAUACUAUCACAUAUCUAUCAUGAAGUUCGCUCCAACAUGGCCGAUGAAAUAGUGAUUGUGAACAUUGAUAAUGAUUCUCAAAUACCAACAGAUAACGAUUUAAUAAGCUCCUACCAUUGGCAGAAUACUUCACUUUUACAACAAUUGAUCCAUAAUCUCGAUUUCCUUAGCGGUGUUAAUAAUAAUGGUGAACCACUUACUCCACCACCAGAAUCUCAUUACCGAAACGCAUACGUUCAGUUCGACCAUUCCAAUGACUCAGUGUCAACACUAGAUAAGCUUCUGUAUGGCAACAAGUCCGAAUAUACUCGCACAAAUAUUUUUCAAGUGGCCAACGAAGCCAAAUUCCAAGUCUUUAACGAUCUAAUUACAAUUUUCAAAUACUCUAUUAUUCAAAGCGAGAAUACUGACAGUAAUAUACUUAUUCUUUCAGAGAAUGGUAGUUGCGAUGAAAACUUGAUAAGUCUACUGAUGUCUAAUGUUUUAAAAGCAAAUCCGACUUUCAAUGUUUAUCAGGCUCUGCAGUUCGUAAAAUCUAUUGCAACAAUUCCUGAGACGGUAAGAGAUGAGAAAAUUUUAUGGGCCACAGGAUUCAUCAACUAUCAAGAACUAAUAAAAAAAAAUGAAAUGUAUUGGGGGUUAGGUUCACAAAAGGGUCUCAGACUUACAUCUUUUGCCUCCCCGAUAUCUAAUGUGGAAAGAAAACAAAGAAGACGUGACGACUCCAACAUCAUUCGAUCAAAACUGCCACAACGGAAACAAAACUCCUUCUGCUCUACAGAGAGGCCUAAAAGGGCUCGCUGUGAUUAG